UCUAGGCUGCGCUCACAUGCAGUUGCCUCCGAGCAGACGGAGCAUAGCUUUUCUCCCAGGAGAGACUCACGACACAGCGCCGUACCUCUCCUCCAGAGGUCCGCACUAAGCAGGGAGAUCCUUUACUGGCAUGUGAGGCAGAGGCUAGAUUGAGCACAGCAGCAGCAGCAUCCCCCUGCCUUUCACUCUGGAGGGUUGGGAGUUGACAUUUGUCUACAGAAAUACCUCACUCCAACAACCUUGCAUCAGGAUACAGAGGAAAGCUGAACACUGGACAGGUCACUGAGGAUUUUCCUGAGUCGGUGAGUUGCUGUCUUCAACUGCCACGUUCACAGAUCCUACAGGUGGCACUCUGAGCAACUGUUGAGGUGUGUAUACCGCCUUGGGUGAUUCUUGCUGCUGCUCAUUUGAGUCCCAAGACCAGCUUGAAGGUGUGAAAGCAAAUCAGGUGUAAAAGCAAACUCCAAAAGGCUACAGCACCAUGAAGAUGACCCCGAUGCAGAAGCUGCUCCAGCUGCCAGCCAAUGCUGUGAACAUUGUGAAGACGGUGCAGGGGGUGGCACAGGGCCAGGAGGAGGCACGCAGCCCCGUGCUCACCCCAGACGGCGGGCUACAGAACUGGUACAGCGCUGUUCAGCCAGAGGAGCUACGCCACCUCCGUACCUCCAGCACAACCGGAGGAGGAGGAGGAGGAGGAGGAGAGGCAGGAGAGGGGGGAGGCACUCAGGAGGAAGGGCUCCCCAGUGCUCAGACGCAACCCCUGCGGCACGAUGAUUUGAAGGAGAUGUUGGACAGCAACAAGGACUCUCUAAAGCUGGAGGCUAUGAAAAGGAUCGUUGCAAUGAUUGCCAGAGGGAAAAAUGCAUCUGAUCUCUUUCCUGCUGUGGUGAAAAAUGUGGCCUGCAAGAACAUUGAGGUAAAGAAGCUGGUGUAUGUGUAUCUAGUGCGCUAUGCUGAGGAACAGCAGGAUUUGGCUCUACUCUCCAUCUCUACCUUCCAGCGAGGACUCAAGGAUCCUAAUCAACUGAUUCGAGCGAGUGCAUUGCGUGUUCUGUCCAGUAUUCGAGUCACGAUCAUCGUGCCCAUUAUGAUGCUGGCUAUUAAAGAGGCUGCUUCGGAUAUGUCUCCAUACGUCCGCAAGACAGCCGCUCACGCCAUCCCCAAGCUCUACAGUCUGGACCCUGAGCAGAAAGACCAGCUAAUUGAAGUCAUUGAAAAGCUGCUUGCUGAUAAAACCACUCUGGUCGCAGGCAGUGUGGUGAUGGCAUUCGAGGAAGUUUGUCCAGAGCGGAUUGAUCUGAUCCAUAAGAAUUACCGUAAACUCUGCAACCUGCUGAUUGACGUGGAGGAAUGGGGUCAGGUAGUCAUCAUCAACAUGCUCACUCGCUACGCCAGGACUCAGUUCCUCAACCCCAACAUUAACGAGUCCCUGCUGGAGGAGGGUGGAGAGAAGGCAUUUUACGGUUCUGACGAUGAUGAGGAUGAUGAAGAGAAGAAGGCUGAGGCAGCCGCACUUGCCAAGAGGAAGCCGUAUGUUAUGGACCCUGACCACAGACUGUUGCUCCGAAACACCAAACCUCUGCUACAAAGCCGGAAUGCAGCUGUGGUGAUGGCAGUCGCUCAGCUCUAUUUCCAUCUAGCUCCUAAAGCGGAGGUGGGCGUCAUUGCCAAGGCAUUGGUGAGGCUGAUGAGGAGCCACAGUGAAGUCCAGUAUGUUGUUCUUCAAAAUGUUGCAACCAUGACCAUCAAAAGGAGGGGGAUGUUCGAGCCAUACCUGAAGAGCUUCUAUAUCCGAUCUACUGACCCCACGCAGAUCAAAAUACUUAAGCUUGAAGUGUUAACCAAUCUGGCAAACGAAACCAACAUAUCUACCAUUUUGAGAGAAUUCCAGACCUACAUCAAAAGUAUGGAUAAGGACUUUGUGGCAGCCACCAUCCAGGCCAUUGGCCGCUGUGCCACCAACAUCGGGGAGGUGAGAGACACCUGUCUCAAUGGUCUCGUCCAACUCCUCUCAAACAGAGAUGAGCUGGUAGUAGCAGAGUCAGUGGUGGUGAUUAAGAAGCUCCUGCAGAUGCAGCCUGAGCAGCACAGCGACAUCAUCAAACAUAUGGCCAAGCUCACAGACAACAUACAGGUCCCAAUGGCGAGAGCGAGCAUCCUGUGGCUGAUUGGUGAGUACUGUGAGCAUGUACCUAAAAUCGCUCCUGAUGUCCUAAGGAAGAUGGCCAAAAGCUUCACCAACGAGGAGGAUAUUGUCAAGUUGCAGAUCAUCAAUCUGGCUGCCAAGCUCUACCUAACCAACUCCAAACAGACCAAGCUCCUUACGCAAUAUGUGCUCAACUUGGCAAAGUAUGACCAGAACUAUGACAUCAGAGACCGGGCACGGUUCAUCCGUCAGCUCAUUGUCCCCACGGAUAAAAGUGGAGCCUUGAGUAAAUACGCCAAGAAGCUUUUCCUCGCCCUUAAACCUGCACCUGUACUGGAGUCUCCAUUUAAAGACAGAGACCAUUUCCAACUUGGCUCGCUGUCUCACCUGCUGAACACCAAAGCAGGCGGCUACCAGGAGCUGCCCGACUGGCCCGAAUCAGCACCCGACCCCUCCGUGCGCAACGUGGAGCAAGAGGAAGUCAUAGACACCAGUGAGGGGCGGAUCGGUCUCCUUGGAGACUGGCGAGAGGUUCCAGAGUGGACUAAAUGCACCAGCAGGAAGGAGCGGAAGGAGAAGAAGGUGGAGAAGCCUUUCUACUCCGACUCGGAGGGAGAAUCCGGACCCACCGAGUCUGCUGACAGUGAGACGAACUCCAGCAGUGGGUCAGAGAGCGGCAGUGAGGAGAGCGGCUCAGGCUCAGAGAGCGAAGAGAGCGACGAGGAGUCAGAGUCUGAUGAGGAGGAGAAGGAUGGAGAGGAAGAGAAGACCAAGAAGAAGAAGAAAGUAGACAAGAGCAAAUCUAAGAAACCAGAGAGUGCAGAGAGUGAUCAAAGCAGUGGAGAGGAGCAGAAGAGAGGCAGGAAAGGAGGGAAGGAGCAGAAGAGGCUGUCUGAGUCAGAGAGUGAAGAAGACAGCGAGUCUGAAAGCAGCGAGUCGGAAUCAGAGUCAGAGGAAGAGUCAGACUCGGACAUGGACACCAGAAAGAAGAAGACACCUGCAUCAAAACCACCACCUGCAAAGCAGACCAAAAAAGAGAGCAAGAAAGAAUCCAAGGAAAUGUCUCUGCUAGAUCUGGAUGACUUUGAGCCCACCCCCUCACCUCAGGUGACCCCAGUAAACAACUUCCUGUCCAGCAGCCUGGUGGCAGAUCUAGAGGGGCUGUCACUGACUGAUACUGUACUCGCCCCCACUACCAUCGCCCCAUCAGGCUCGAUGAGGAUGUACGAGUUAUUGCACCGCAUUACAGGAGAGGGUUUGGGGGUUGAGUACUGCUUCUGCAGGCAGCCCUUCAGCCCUGAUCCUAACAUGGUGGCUGUGCAGAUCCAGUUCACCAACAAUACCAGUUCAGAGACCAAGAACCUACACAUCGAAGAGCCCAGACUGCAGUCUGGUAUGAGGAUCAAGGAGUUCACCGAAAUCGAGGUUUUACCUGCAGGCGAAUCCGUUACUGUUGUAAUGGGCAUUGAUUUCUGCGACUCCACACAAGCAGCCAACUUCCAGCUUUGCACUCACACUCGGAAGUUCUUUGUGUCCAUCCAGCCACCGGUCGGAGAACUGAUGAUGCCUGCUUUUCUGACAGAGAAUGAGUUUAAGAAAGAGCAAGGUCAGCUGAUGGGAAUGAAUGAAAUCUCAGAAAAGCUAAGCCUGGGGGAGAAGUGUCAGAGUGAUCACGCUAUUAUAGAGAGAGUCACUGCUACAGCUAACCUCAGCAGAGUACCCUGUGGCUCUGAGAAAGAGUGCAGUCCUCCUCUUCCUCCUCCUCCCUCACCUGUGUCCAGGUUUGCUGGGAAGACGGUGAGCAGCGGCAGCCUCGUGCUCGUCACUGUGGCGAGGAAGGAGGCCAGAGAAGCCCAGCUCACUGUGAACUGUGAGAAGAUGGUGAUUGGUACGAUGCUCGUGAAGGACAUUCUUCAUGCCCUGACGCAGUGAUGACUGAGUGCACAGUGUGCGAAAACCUGUAGCUAUGUGUAGCUUUGACUCUGUGUGCUGAUGUUUGACCUUUGAAUUUCUGUCAUUUACUAUACAAUAUUGCACCUAGUAUACACAGCUUAUUGUUUAAUAUUAAUUAAUGUCCCUAAAGAGCUGAAAUCUUAAUAUGAUCCACAUUAAGCCCUGUGAAUGCUCUGUAUACCAUGUGACCCUAUCUGCCUUUAUUGAUUUUCUCCUUUAGGUUUGCAGAAAUGUUGCAUGAUGUGACAUCUGACCCAGAUUUUAACUUUCCCAAAUCAUUAUUUGUCUAUUUAAAAUGCGCGUUUACUUUUAAUUUCUUUACACAAAAGGGCAGCACAGAAAAUCUAACUUUACUGUAUUAGUGUACAAAUCCCAACUGCAGGAUGUGACUAGGAUAUCCUGCUGAAGAGAACACACGGCCAUGUUUACAUAGUGACAGUCUGAAAUGGACCUCUGGCGAUUAUUUAAGGAGUUACUUGCACAUUUACUAAGACUACUUCUCCUGGCCAUUUUCAGUGAAUCAUGACAAUUGGAUUUCACUACUGCAAACACAUUACAUGCAUUUCAAAAAAACAGAUGUUCAAAAACCUUAAAUGUUUAGUUUCACUUAAAUAUUAUAAAAUGUAAAGCUAUGAGAGGAUAUAAUAAUGUAAUAUUUACAUUAGUCUCUGUACGUUUAGACUUAUCUGCACAAACCAGACUGACGCAACAUUCAUUCAUUCAUUAAUCUUCAGUAAGUGCUUUAUUCUUGCACACACACACACACACACACAUACACACAUAUACACACACACACACACACACCGAUUCCCACCUAGGACCAAUCCACCUACUGGCAUGUUUUUGGACAGUAGGAGGAAACCAGAGAACCCUGAGAUGUUGCAUUAUAUUUGCACCAAAUAGGGUAUUUCAUUAUUCCAUUAUGGUAACUUUAUUAGUAGUGAGUGUUGGCUCACAUGCAGUAAUAAUCCAACAAAAUAAAUCUACAAAAUCCCUGCUUUCAGAACAGAUUCAGGCUAGAGUGAUAGCAAAUUGCAGUCCAUGUGAAGUCCAUAGAACAUACAAAAUAUUAAAAAUCCUCUUUGGUAUUUGCUAUUAUGUAAAUCACGUGGCUAUAUGAGAUAAUUAUCCUUUCAAAGAACAGCAUUGCUUGUAUUGUGUUUGUAGCUUCCUAUUGUUCUUAAGACUAUGAUCAUUCAGUGCUUUGGAGCUUUUAAUGACUAAAUUUAACUGGAUAUGUUCUAGACAUGUGCAACCACUGUAGUAAUAAACUGUAGAUGUAGCCUAUCUUCGAGGUUAUUUGGCUAUUCAUAGUGGUUUGUUUUUUGCCUGCAACAAAAAAAAAAGACAACUCAUAACUCAUCUAUUCAAAGACACCGUGUGUUCUGUGAUAAACCAAACUGAACUGUUGAGGUGUUGAAUGAGUAAAUAGUGCAUAAUUGGGCUUUUUAUUAUUAUUUUCUUCCCAACGAGAACCCUACAUGAAAUGCUUAAUGCAGUGUAUUGCUAUUAUCCACCCAUAUGCAGCACUAUCCCCAUGCUAAUAUUUUUGAUAAGUGUUCUGCAGUAUUGCAGAACUGUAUUUUAUGUUGUGGAUCUGACCACUGAGAAUCCACAUGAUAGUUGUUUGGACAUUAUUAAUUUCUUCAUGUAUGUUUUUGUUGUAGACAAAGAGUAUGGGAACAUAAUGGCUCAAAUUUAUAUUCCACAUUUGUGGGUUUUUUUUAAGUUUGAAGAAGCAACUUGAAGUUCUCUCCCAUCAUGAUAUAAAUUAAGGAUAGUUUAUGUAGAUCAUACAUCGUCAAAGGUGUGUCGAUUAUGUUAAAAGCAGGGGAAGUGUAAACAUACUAUAGACUGCUUUAGUGAUUAUUAGACUACCCGAUAUUCAGCUUUCAUGUCCUUGCUGUGUGAAUGUGAGAUAGUUUACUGAUUUUAUUUAUUUGUUUUUUAAUGUCAAUAAAAUGAAACAUGCAGUCAAAUA